AUGAUAAUAAAACUAGUGUAUAACAAAGAAAUACAUCUCUUCAAAUUAGAGAAUCCAGCGAUUGUAGAAAUCAAGAAUCACAUUCAAAAAUUGCAUCCUUAACUAAAUUAGAACUAUUCUUUAUUUUAUAAGGAUGACGAUGGAGAUUUGAUCAGCAUAAGUUCAGAUGAGGAUUUGAAGGUCUUAAUGGAGAGUGUCAAGAACCAGACAGUGAAGAUUACUAUUUAGACAUCAAAUGCAUGGACAUGCAAGAAUUGCACACUCCAAAAUCAAGAGGGGAUAGUAUGUGAGGCUUGUUCUUCAUAUAAAGAGGGGGAACCUUAAUAAUAUGGUUAAUAGCAUUAAGGAUUUUAACCAGGAUAUUAUCCACCCUAAUGUUAUCCUCAUUAGUAAUUUGGACCUCCAUAAUAAUUUGGGCAUCCUCCUUAACAACCCCCUCCUCAAUUUCCCUUUAUGCCUCCUUAGAUGCCUCCAGGUCCACCUUUUGGACAUUUUGGAAUGCCAGGGUUUGGACAUCCUCCUCAUAUGUUUGGCGGAUUUCAUCAUUUUAAACACCAUGGCCAUCAUCAUCGUUAAAAAUGGCAUAAGAUUCGUUAGAUAAUGAAAGACCCUUAAUUCAAAUAACAAAGAGAGAAGCUAUAACAGUUAUUAAAGGAAGUUAGUUAGACAUUACGAAACACUAUGCAAAAUUCAUAGCAAUAAUAAUUUUAUUAAUAUUAAUAGUAGAUGCAUUGGAGUGAGGAGGAUGAGAAGAGAGCGACUAGAUUAGCUGAGGUGUUGCAAUGCAAUUAGGAAUAGGCAAGGGAAUACUUACAAAUAUUCAGAGAUUUGACUCUAGAUGAGAUUGUAAUGAUGGUUGAGAAUGCAGAAUGAUUAAUGAAAUAUAUUAGAUAUAUGGAAUUAAAUAUUAAUUU